ACACAGCUGCCAACAGACACCUACAGCCAAGGAGCCAGGGGGUUAAUGCACCCAAUCACUAAAGUUUAUUCACUGGCCCUCACUGGCAGCUACUGACCCCCACAGACCCACUGCUGAGACUUUAGGGGACACACUGAUACCCACAGAGGCUUCCCCACUCCUGAGUGCCAGGGAUGGAUGGGAAUAGCAACUGCCAUGAUAACGGAUGUAUAACCAGUCUAGAGACUGAACUCAUCCAGAGACUCGUUGCCCAAAGCCACGAAGCCAAGCAGCGAGCCCACUGCCCCUACAGCAAGUUCCGAGUGGGGGCCGCACUCCUGACCGCGGAUGGGAAAGUCAUUCUGGGCUGCAAUGUGGAGAAUGCUUGUUACGCGCUGGGGAUUUGCGCCGAGCGCACCGCUAUCCAGAAGGCCGUGUCUGAGGGCUACAAGGAGUUCCGAGCCAUAGCCGUGGCCAGUGACGUGGAGACGGAGUUUAUAACUCCCUGCGGGGCCUGCAGGCAAGUAAUGAGAGAGUUUGGGGCAGAAUGGGAUAUUUACCUGACCAAGCCCAGCGGCACCUACACCCGCACCACCCUGCGCCAACUGCUGCCCAUGUCCUUCGGGCCGGAGGAUCUGCAGAAGGUCUGACAGAGAAGCACCAUUCCCGCCAUUUCUCUGCUGUUAUUUAUUAUCAAUAAACUGAUUAUCAAUAA